GUCGCCAUUGUAUUGUAAUUUCUCGUGACAGGGACAUUUGCUAGGAAUAAAAAAAAACUUCGAUUGCAUCAUUGAAUUUUUAAGAUAAACAAAUGACAAAUUGGUUAAUCUCAUAGUGGUUUCAAGUGGUUUCAGAUUCGACUUUUUUCGCUAAAUGGUCAAGGUCGCAAAGAUCUUAAGUGCAACAUCGAAAGUUUGCUGAAGUUGGAAGCUUAUCCAGUCUUAUUCCUGACGUAACAGGAGUUUCUAAGAGGUCACGAAGCGCCGGGCCUUCAUUUGGAGCUGAAAUAUCAAGAGUUUCCUACAGUCAGUGACAGUGACAUUUAACUACAAGAACUAACAGGGAAGCUUAUAAAAUGUGUGAUAAAUUGAAGCACAAGAUCGUUAAAAGCGAAGCAAAACCAGAUAAAGUCACGGCAGUCGCACUUCAUGUAGACGAAGAUUGUCCUGAUGGCGGGUACGGUUGGAUCAUUUGUAUGGCUGCUGCCAUCAUUCAGUUCAUUAUCCUGGGUAUUCAUAACAACUUUGGAAUUCUCUACACCUCUUUGAUAAGCGAUCUUCAUUUUAAACCUUCAGAUGCAGCUUGGGUUGGUUCCAUUGCGUUUGGGAUGAACUUCCUCUGUGGUCCAAUCACCAGCAGCUUAUGUCAGAGAUACGGCAUUCGUUUGGUGGCGGCGGCUGGAGGUUUUAUUGCUUCCCUGGGCCUCUUCCUAACGUCAUUCACUAACAGCCUCUACGUCAUUUACCUCACUUACAGUUUCCUUUGGGGCUUUGGCUCCAGUCUAAACUAUGCUCCAACUAUGCUUGUAUUGGGUCAAUAUUUCAAAAGGUAUCUUCCAUUAGCAAACGGAAUAGUUACAGCUGGAAGUGGUGUCGGCACCUUAGCAAUGGGACCAUUGUUUCAUGUCAUUCUCUCAUCAAUGGGCUGGAAAAAAAUGCUCAGGAUUUUCUCUUGUUUAGGAAUUGUCAUGUUCAUAUGCGCUCUGCUUUACCGUCCCCUCCCUGCUAAGUAUAAACGUGCUCAAAAACAGCCUGAAAAGAAGACAAAGUUGUUUGACUUUUCUGUGUGGAAAAUGAAGUCAUUUGUGUUCUGGGUGAUCUCCAUGUCUCUCUUGUUUAUUGGCUAUUUUGUUCCGUUUAUUCAUUUGCCCAAUCACGCAAAAAAUCUUGGAGUGCCUGGUUAUCAGUCCUCUCUUCUGGUCGGUUAUUUGUCUGUCGCCUCUACCGUAUCACGGGUUCUAUUUGGUCUUAUUCUUAAUCAUCCCAGAGUGAACCGCUUUUACGUGUUACAGCUCUGUUUCCUCAUGAUGUCAGUGACCACCACUUUAUGUCCCCUUGCACAAGAUUAUACUGGUCUCAUUCUCUAUGCAGUAGGAUUUGGAGCAUUUGAUGGUUGCUUCGUUCUGUUGAUUGCUAUCACUACAAGUGAUAUAGUUGGAGCUGGAAAACUCCCUGAAGCUUUAGGAGGCUUAUAUGGGGUUAUCGCCAUUCCAAUGAUAUGUGGUUCGCCGCUUGCAGGGUUAAUUUUCCAAGUAACUGGCUCAUAUCAGAAUGCUUUCUUCGUUGCUGGUGGAGCAAUAGCGUUAGGUACUUGUACCUUGUCUCUAAUCCCACUCUUUAUGACGCGGGACGUACAUGAAGAGAUACCUACUGUUCGUGUCGAGCUUUGUGCAGAUCAUUUAGAUAAAGAAGACAAAAGUCAAGACAUUCUGGACGUAGUUUAUCACUCUUCAGGAAAACAAAGGAACUCUGGUUUUCUUUACGACACGAGUAAUUUUGCACUCAGGCGCUCUUUGUCGUGCUUGGCUCUUAGCAGGAUCGGGGAAUCCGUCUGUGGAACACAGUGUAUAUUGGAAAUGCUUGAAAGAGAGUCCAAUGUAUAACGAACAAUGUAUUCGUCUUUUGAUUCAACAUUCAGUCACCAUCAACCUCAGGAGUAAUUAAGUAUCGAUCGGGAACGCUUGCGCUGAAUCUACAACGCCAUUUUUACAAUUCGUUGAUUCGCAAAAUGUAAGGGGAAUUCUCAAGAUUUUAACAUGCAUAUAGGAGCUACGUAAAUGUUUAUAUUUCAUGUUGAAAAAGUUACUUAUUACACCCUAGUAGGGUAAAAUGAAAAAAUAAUUUACAAACAAACAUAGUGUAUGCAUUACAACUGGUUUGAAACUUUU